GCGUUAACAGUUGGUGGGCAUGGCUUGAGCUCGAGGGCGUGGCCAGCACGCGGGGGCGUGGCUCUGGCUCGUGUAGGCGUCCGAGCUCCAGGGCAGCUCUGGGGCAGAACUGUCUGGAUCUAACAAUCCCUGGGGAGCCGGAGACCGGUGACCGCCGCCCGGCCCGCAGGCCAUGUGGCCCCCGCUGUUGCUGCUGCUGCUGCUGCUCCCGGCCGCCCCGGUCCCCACCGCCAAGGCCGCUCCCCUCCCAGAUGCUAACACCCAGGAAGGCCUUCAGAACCUGCUUCAAGGAGUCCAGGCUGGCGGAGACGGAGAGCUGCAGGCCGACUCACACCUGGCCCCGGGCUCUGGCUGUAAUAAUGGGGCUGUGGUGGCCACGCGACCAGAAAGCCGGGGAGGAAGACCUGCGGCUCCGUGAGAGGCAUCCAGGGCUGCAGGCCAGGGCGACAGGCUCCGGGGAACAUGGGGCUUCCCCUGUCCCCUCCCAAGGAGUGUGGGCCUCAACGCAUUGACAGGGGACAGCUGUGUGCCCUCUCCAGACCCCACCCUCAGCACCAUUUAUUAGAAAUAAUAAAGUUCUUUGUUAACUAG